ACUGAAUUAUUUCCUUUCGCGAGGUUUAGUUCUUAUGAGAAACAACACUGAUAGUGCCGUAGUGCAAGGUGCUUAGUAAUUAAAAAUAACGAAAUGGCGAUGGUUAUACUGCUCCUUGCGAUCUGCGCUGUAGUGAGUGGGGAUUACAACCUCUAUACAAAUCCUACCUUCUUUCAAGAUCUUUCGGGUUAUCAAGAGGAUAACAGGGUUGCGGAUGGCGGUGUAGAGGCUGAAAGACUGCCAGUUAAUGGGUUUGGAGACAUUAAAAGUACAUUAACAGGCACAGGAGGCUAUCUAAGCUUUAGCAACCCACCACCACCACCAGGCUCCGCGCAGGAUCAAGCAGCGCAAACAUGCGCAGUGUCACCAUCGUUUUGCCCUAAAUCUCGCUACCGUUCUCUCGAUGGCAGCUGCAAUAACCCUUUGAGACCCAGUCUUGGUAUGCCACAGACACCUUACCAGAGGUUGCUUCCGUACACCUAUUACGACGGUAUUAGCCAACUACCCAAGUCGGUUACUGGAGAAGAACUGCCAAAUGCACGUGAAAUCAGUAUAACUGCUUUCCCAGACAAGCCUCUAAUAGACCCUAAAUGGAACUUAAACGCCCAGCAAUGGGGACAAAUCAUCACUCAUGACAUGUCUCUAACUGCUGGAAACCCGCAAAGUCAUCGUAAUCCAAUCGUUUGUUGCGAUGAAAACGGUAAUCUCGCGUCGGACUAUGGGAAAAACCCAAAGUGCGCCCCUGUUCUUAUACCACCAAAUGACCCAAUACACGCACCUCAGGGCACACAAUGUAUGAAUUUUGUCAGAACUGGAACAACGAGAGACAGGAGGUGCACACCAGCCAAUGCUCCUGCGCAGCCGCUGUCAACUGUCACCGCAUACAUGGAUCUUUCGCUAGUCUAUGGAAACAGUGAGAGCCAAUUGCGGUCUAUCCGUGAAUUCCGUGGCGGGAGAUUAUUGACAGUAUUGAGGAAUGGCCGUGAGUGGCCCCCGCAGGACCCUAAUGUCACAACGACGUGCGAAUCUGCUCAGUCACCGAACGAACCGUGCUACUUGGCUGGUGACAUACGUGUUAAUCAGAAUCCACAGUUAACGAUUCUACAAGUUAUUUUGCUCCGCGAACAUAAUCGCAUCGCGAACAAGCUCGCAUCAAUGAAUCCCUGGUGGAGCGAUGAGACAACGUUCCAAGAAUCGCGACGGAUUCAUAUCGCACAAAUACAGCAUAUUAAUUAUUAUGAAUAUCUUCCUAUAUUCCUUGGAUUGGAAAACAUGUUAAAGAACAAGUUAAUAUAUCGCGGUGUUGAUUUAUACGUGUCCGACUACAACGCUCGAGUGGAUCCAUCCGUUCUGGACGAACAUGCUACGGCAGCCUUCAGACAUUUCCAUACUUUGAUACGUGGAUAUUUGCACUUGAUAACGGAGGACAGACAGCUUGCAGGCUACGCCCGUUUGAGUGAUUGGUUCAAUCGACCACUACUUUUAGAAAUCGAGAACACCUUCGACAAGUUGACUUUGGGACUUACAUCUCAGCCACAAGGGUUCAGCGAUCGCUUUUGGGAUAGCGAAAUAACACAGUUCCUUUUCCGCCGUAACCAAACAUUUGGCGGUGAUCUACGAGCGACAGACAUACAACGUGGUCGCGACCAUGGCUUGGGUAGCUACGUUGACACUAGAGCUGCCUGCGGUCUCCCAGUACCCCGAAACUUCCAGGAUAUGAGAGAUUUCAUACCUAAAGAAAGUGUACACCUACUCGAAACUAUAUACAGCGAUGUGAGAGACGUCGAAUUGGUCGUCGCUGGAUCUUUGGAGUUAAACGCACAUGGAGCGCAAGCUGGUCCCACGUUCCUAUGCAUCCUCACUGAACAAUUCUACAGAACCAGAGUGGGUGAUAGAUAUUUCUAUGAAAAUGGAGAUCCUGAAGUUGCCUUUACCUUAAGUCAACUGCAAUCUAUUCGUAAAGGAGCGUCAAUGGCACGAAUCCUUUGCGAUAAUGCGAACGAUAUUCACUUUAUGCAGCCACGGGCCUUUGAACUUAUCAGUGCUGGAAAUACACCAGUUCCCUGCAACCGUCUACCAUCAAUAGAUUUAAGUUUAUGGCAGGACGAGAGAAGAAAUUUCGAAUGAUAUGAUUAAGACUAAUAUUGGAUCUUGUAUCUUAUACAUACUAUAAACGUUAAUUAAAAUCACGCUUAAGUUUUCCUUCAAGGUAAUUGUAUAAAGAACUUUACAGAUGCACAGUCGAGCUUAGAACCUUUAAGAUUCAAUAGCUAAUUAACGUUUAUAGUACGUUUCUCGAAUAUCGAAUAAUUUAUAUAUUUUUUAAUUAACAUAAGUGUUAUCUUUAAAAACAAUAUAUUUUCUGGAUACUAAAAUAGUAAAAAUCAUUUCAUAUAUGUAUGCUGAGUGUAUAUUUCUCAUAGCAUCCAUUCUUAGUACUAAAUAUAAUUCAAUUCAGUGUCUGUAGGUACUCUGUAAUUCCUAAUACAAUGCGAUAUAUACUAUAGUGAUGAGGGCCUUCAAAUUUGCCGCAACGUGCCACGCGGCGGCAGCACAGCUCUGUCACUAGUUUGAGAAUCGUACAUAUUUUCACGAUGGACUCUGACGAAGAAACACUACUUUUAGUAUUACUAUUAAAGCGAAAAAGAUUUAAGGCAAAAAACAAAAAAAGAAACCUAAGAAAACGUUGUUUUUAUUUUGUAUAACAAACUGAAUUUUCUAAAGUAAAAGGCUACAGUCACAAACAAUUUUAGAAUUAUUUAAGAUUGUCAAGAACACAAUUCUACGAAUUACUCCCCGGUUAGGAAAUACUAAUAUAAGAGUCAAUCAAUAACACUCAGGUAAGUAAAAAUUGCCACCAAAUCCAUAAUAUAAUCGUUUUAUUUUUGAAGUAAACCACAUUUAUACACAGUUUUAUAUU